CAUGCCCGCACCGAAUAUGGGGUUAGCAUGCCAGCGUAGCAACACUUAAAUGCAGGGGAUCAGUUUUUAUCCAGCCUGCUGCGUGGUAGGGUUCGCCGCGCGUCACCCAUUCCUACUGUCGACUUCCUCUGGUUUCCUCCCCCUCCGCCCUGACAUCUCUUUGGCUGCCAACUCAUUUUCGCCCUUCGGUCCGCCGUCGUGCAGUUCACUAACCCUGGUCCGCCGAGCUCUCCUCAAAGUCAACUGGGCAACUCCCCCCCUCAGAGGGGUGACGAGGUUAGUUAGGUGGGAGUAUCUUGGAGGUUCGAUCCCCCCUAAACAGUGUUCCUAAUGAGUCAACGGACUGGCCGCGGCACGGUUUUCGUGUUGGUCGGGCAUAUGCAUAUGUUAGGUUGUCGACGUUUGCGUGGUCCAUGACACAGCUUACCGGGCUUCAUGCCCUUCUACUAUACACCUGCUCUGUUGCGUCCGUGGGGACCUGGUGUCCGUACGUUAAGCUUCUUCGUCCCCAGAUGCGUCUG